GGCGGUACAGCGCUCUUGACAUUCGUGUGUGUAAUUUAUCGUUUCUCCAGGAAAGUGAACAAUAUUAUUAGUGAUUUCAGUGACUAUUUAAAUUAUAUUUUUGUUGAUACUACUGGUUUUAAAUAUUGGACAUUUAUAUAUUCUAUCAACCAUGACUCCAGUCUGAAGACUGUAAUUUGUAGCAGAAAGAAAGCAGCACCGUGACCACGAUGUUUCAGAAACCAACCUUCGGAGCCAACUCUUCAGGCUUCGGCUCCUUCAAUGCUGGCGCUACCACUUCGUCCCCCUUCGGCGGGGGCUUCAAAAGUACCACCAACAGCGCCUUCGGAGCCCCGCCUGCCUUUGGCGCCGCCGCUCAACCAGCCACUGGUGGUGGUUUGUUUGGGUCAACCAACACUUCAAGCGGAGUCUUCGGCACAACUAACACAUCUGGGUUUGGUUCCGGAGGGGGCUUCGGAGGGUUCGGAGCCAGCUCGUCCACCGGAGGAGGCCUGUUUGGGGCUUCGCAGCCUGCCCCGCUGUUUGGAGCUCAGCAGCAACCAUUCCAGGCUAAACCAGCUGGCUUCGGAUUUGGUGCAACAUCCACAAGCACGGCUGGUACCACUCCGGGUUCGACCUUAUUCGGUGCUGCGCCCGCGACAGGCGGCAUGUUCGGGCAACAACCCGCCAUGGGUGGCACUCUCUUCGGUAACAAUACCGGGGGUUUCGGACAGCAACAAACAGCCAGUGGCACAGCUCACGCGAAAUACAACCCAGUGGUGGGAACCGACGUGGUCGUCAAAUCUGGGACCUCGCAGAACAUCAACAUCAAACACCAUUGCAUCACUUGCAUGAAGGAAUACGAGAACAAAUCGCUAGAAGAACUUCGUCUUGAGGACUACACAGCAGGCCGCAAAGGAGCGCAGGGUGGAGGGGUGUUUGGCUUCAGUCAGCCGCAAGAGAAUAAACCACUGUUUGGUGGUUCCACGUUCGGCGCGCCGGCCACGACGAGCGCUGGCGUGUUCGGCGGCGGAGGCCUCGGCGCCUCCACUACCGGCUUUGGAAACACUAGUACAUUUUCGUUCGGCGGCGGCGCGCAAAACACAACGCAGACGAACUCCUUGUUCGGCGCUAGCAAACCCGCCUUCGGGGCAACUUCUACUGUUGGUACUGGUCUGUUUGGAGCAACAACCACGCAGGCGCCGUCCUUCGGCACCGCCACGUCUACCUUUGGAGGGUUUGGUACCAACACAGCUACGCAGCCAAGUACCGGCCUCUUCGGGGCCAAACCAGCCACGACCGGUUUCGGCGCGACGCCCAGCUCGGGCUUUGGUUCCUUCGGCUCGGGCGGCGGCGGUCUCUUCGGCGCUAAGCCCGCCGCGCCCCCAGCAUUCGGUUCCCUAAACACAUCUGGUUUCGGCACGACAACGAGCACCUCAGGCGGUCUGUUCGGGGCUAACAACACGUUUGGCAAGCCCGCUACACAGCCUACCUUCGGGUUCAACCAGCCUACACUUGGUGGUGGUCUGGGCACGAACACAUUCCAAGCGAAGCCCGCCGGGCCUGCGUUCGGGUCUCUCGGCGGAGGGUCGUUGUUCCAGCAACCGCAGCAGCAGACGACGUUUAAAACUGAUGGUUUAGGAGGUGGCUUAGGCGGCGGUAUGUUCGGCAACACGAGUGGUCUGGGCGGUCUGGGCGGUCUCGGGGCUCCGCAGACAUUCGGAACAAACACCAGCUUCAUGGGACAGAGCGGUCUAUCAGCCACGCCACAGAACAACGUCCACGAACAGAUUCUGUCACUCGUCGCCCGGCCUUAUGGAGACUCACCGCUAUUCAAAGACUUGGUGCCCGAUACGUCCACAACCGCCGAAGACGCCCUAAAACCGACCAACCCUGCGGCGGUCGCGGCCGUACUAGCCAACGAUGCUAACUACAGAGUGGGUUCCUCUGUUUCAAGACUAAAAGUACUGCCCAGAGCCACAUCUCACCCUCAGAAAUCACUCUUCGACGGUCUAGAAGAAUACGACGCCAGUUUAGACGACCAGCUCACUUUGAAACCGAGUAGAAAACGUCUUGUACUCAGACCUAAGAAUACUCCCACGCUGGAACCGGAAACGCAAAACAGAUCAUUGGACGAGCAGAACCAUAGGGACGUUCCUACUCAAACUGAGAAAGAAAAGGACGGCAACUCUAACGAUGACGCGGACGGUCGACGGAACCAUAGCAAUAACAAUAACAUAGAACUCAGUUCAGAGAAGAAUGCCAGUUGGCUCAGUUCACCAAAGGGUCCAUGGAACGAUAAGGAGAAACAUAAUGAAGAAGAGCCUACUUCCAGACUUUAUCCAGAUUUAGAUAAGGAACUACCAGCACAGUUUCCAGAGCGUAGGUCCAGCUGGUUAACAACGAAACCUCUUCGAAAACCGUUGCCCUCCGCCGCAGAAACCUCCGCCGAGCAUUCAGUGAGAGAACUGGGCGUUAGGAGCGAAAGAGAUAAGGAGAAUAUUGACAGUUUAUCCGAGGAGGAGAGUAUGACGCGCGAGCCGCCACCAGCCGCGCCGCACCCGGCCGGCGUCAAACUAACCAGGCCUGGGUACUAUACUAUACCCUCAUUGGAGGAGAUGAUCGCGUACAUGCGACCGGAUGGCUCUUGCGUCGUGCCACAUUUGACUAUCGGUCGAAAAAACUACGGGAACGUUUUCUAUGAUUGCGAAGUUGAUGUGGCUAACCUAGAUCUUGACGCUUUAGUACAUUUCCUGAACAAGGAGGUUAUCGUAUAUCCCGAGGACUCAGACAAGCCGCCAGUUGGCCAAGGACUGAACCGUCGAGCAGUGGUCACGCUCGACCGAAUCUGGCCCAGGGACAAGACAGAGAAGACUCCCAUCACGGACCCUGAAAGGUUACUAACAAUGGACUACGAGGGCAAGUUGCGUCGUGUGUGCGACAAGCACGACACGAAAUUCAUCGAAUACCGCCCGCAGACCGGCAGUUGGGUCUUCCGGGUGGAGCACUUCAGCAAGUACGGUUUGACAGAUUCCGACGAAGAGGAUGAUCCAACGCCGACGGUGCUCAAGCGGCAACUAGUCAACGAAUCUUUGCAGAAAAAUGCUGCGCCAGGUCAAAUACCCCCCGUACCCACCGCUCCCGGCCUCGGCGGGCUCGGCGGGCUGAGCGGGCUGGCCGGGCCCGGGCUGCGCGGGCUGGCAGCGCCGGGGCUCGGCGACGACAGUCUCUAUGCUAUGCAGCAUACGUCGCUUGACCUGCUAGGACAAGCUGGAAAAGCAUUCGACAUGGACACUGCCGAGGAUAACGGCGAGCCUCAGAGCCUUUAUGACUCCACCAGAGGUUUCGGCGUGAAGAGUCCUACUGCGGAACUGGCGCGGUUGGAGAACAGACAGAGCCACCACGUCCAAUUGAUGAAGGCAUCCAUUUAUGCCGACGAUAUGGACAUGGACGAUGGCACGUCAACGUCAACAGGAGACCAGCAAGUGCCGGCCCCGCGGAGCGUGUUCCGACUCGCCCCGCGUGACAACUUACCCCCCGUUGUAGAGGAGACUGGGGCUUUAGUGCACUUGCCUGACAUCUCGACUGGCGUGGAUCUACCGAUGCGACCGCUCAUAGUGAAUCCAGAGAAAAUCGUCCUUAAAUACCACAGAAAAGUGCUGCCGUUCAAACUGACUAUAGCCGGUAAACUGGACGCGGCCUGCAUAGCAGAUUUCUCAGUGAGUCGCGCGCGCCAUAGUCGCGUUGGAUUCGGUCCCGGUGGUGCUAUGGUCUUUGCUUCCACGUAUGAUACGCUGGUUGAUCUGCCUAGAGCGGCACAACUAUCGGAAAUCGGCAAAUACGUCGCGGGUCGGGCUGAGGACGAUUGGAGCGAACCCGUGGUCGCCAGGCUGGCUGUAGGACAAACUGACACCACAAACAACUUCAUGACUACAUUAACCAAACAAAUGGAAAACCUCCUCGAAUGGUCGACAUCUAUACCCAAAGAGUCACCUGUAGAAAAUUGUCCGCGGCUAACGUUAAAAGAAGCCCCGCGGGACAGGAGGGAAGCCCUGAAGGCUCUUAGGGAGCGCGCGGGGCACGACCGAGACGGGACCACUAAGUUUGGCGUGUCGGGAGCGUACUGCUAUGAAGUAUGGACGCUGUGCGAGGCGCUAUGGGGAGCGGACUUAGACAACGGAGGCGUCCCCGGCACAGACGACCUGUCUAUAGUGAAUCGGCAUAGAGAGCUGCUACGCUGGCUCACACAGGCUGUGGCGGCCAUCACUGACCGCGAACUGCAGCGGCCGUGCAAACCGGAGCCCGAGGAUGAGUCAGACACCCACAGCGCGCGUGUAUGGACCUUACUACUCGGCGGACGGUUGCUCGAAGCUUGCAAGCUGUCUAGAGAUAAAGGAGACAUGCAUAUGGCCUCACUCAUAGCUCAGGCUGCCGGUGAUGGCGUAUUCCGCAGCCUCAUAGCUCGUCAGUUAUCGCAGUGGCGAGAAUGUGGGGCUGAAAGCACAGUAUCUGCUCAUCGGCUGGCAUCUUUGCAGUUAUUAGCUGGUCUGGAAAGCCCCCGGACCAAACUUAUGGAAGGAGACUGGUUACAGACGCUACAUGCUGUGGCUAGAUACAUCUGCGCCCCCAUCCCCUCUCUAGAGCACGUGAUCCGAACAUACGAGAGUUUCUUCGUGGAGCCCGACGAAGGCCCCGCCGACAUGACCGUCGUCACCGACAACCAAAUGGAGCUCAAGUGCCCCCUACCGCCUUACAUGGGAGACUACGACGUGUCAGUUCACUAUAAUGGCAAGCAGCGCCGCGUUCUGGACCUGCGCUACGAGUUACUCAGGGCUCGGGCCUUCAACCAAAGGCCGAAGUUUCACCCCGCGGCCUACACUCCCGACCCUACCGACUACAGUUUAAGUUUCCUUCUUGGCGUGUGGUUUGGCGACCCAACUAUAGAGAGCAUCACAGGCGUCGCGGAACAAUUAGAGGCGGUAGGACAGUGGCAUCUUGCUGUUCAAGCCUUGGCUCACCAUCCUAACGAUGCCGCACGAGGCCACCUGAUUCGCGGCGUUCUAUCCCGCCACGCCCCCGCACGAGCGGAUACGGCCGAGCUGCGCGCGCGACUCGACCUUAUCGAGACACUACAAGUCCCGCGCAAGUGGGUGUUGUUAGCGCAGGCGCAUCGCGCUAAGUAUGAGCACCUGCCGGCGGUAGAAGUGGAACAUCUAGUAGGAGCUGAACAAUGGAACGCAGCGCACAAAGUUCUCUUAGAAGAAUUACUACCCGAAGCUGUUUUAGCCGAUGACCUACGCAGUAUAGCACCGCUACUGGAACAACUAAACGAGGCUGCCGAGCGGCAUGAAGUUAGCGGCUGGCAACAUGGUGGCCAGGCUCUGCACCACUACAUCAGAGUGUGCGAUGAGAUUCGCAGCCUAGUUUCGUGUAUGGAGGCCGACCGUGAGAGUGUCCAGACUCGCUUAGAGGCCCUUCGGCCUCGUGUGGCCGCCGCCUGUCGCGCGCAAGCCGGCCUCGCUGUCAAAACCCCUUGGCAGUGUGCGGCGCGCGCGGAGAUGGGCGCGCGGCUGCUGCAGCUGGCGGUGGCGGCGCGCGAGCCGCCCGCGCAGCUGGCCGCCCUCCUCGCCGCCCUCCCCCUGCCGCCAGACUGCACCGCCACCGCGAGACAGAAGCGAGCCGCCCGCGCAGCUGGCCGCCCUCCUCGCCGCGCUCCCCCUGCCGCCAGACUGCACCGCCACCGCGAGACAGAAGGUACUGUCUCUCUCACUCUCUCUCUCUCUGUAGCGAGCCGCCCGCGCAGCUGGCCGCCCUCCUCGCCGCGCUCCCCCUGCCGCCAGACUGCACCGCCACCGCGAGACAGAAGGUACUGUCUCUCUCACUCUCUCUCUCUCUGUAGCGAGCCGCCCGCGCAGCUGGCCGCCCUCCUCGCCGCGCUCCCCCUGCCGCCAGACUGCACCGCCACCGCGAGACAGAAGGUACUGUCUCUCUCACUCUCUCUCUCUGUAGCGAGCCGCCCGCGCAGCUGGCCGCCCUCCUCGCCGCGCUCCCCUGCCGCCAGACUGCACCGCCACCGCGAGACAGAAGGUACUGUCUCUCUCACUCUCUCUCUCUCUGUAGCGAGCCGCCCGCGCAGCUGGCCGCCCUCCUCGCCGCGCUCCCCUGCCGCCCGACUGCACCGCCACCGCGAGACAGAAGGUACUGUCUCUCUCACUCUCUCUCUCUCUGUAGCGAGCCGCCCGCGCAGCUGGCCGCCCUCCUCGCCGCGCUCCCCUGCCGCCAGACUGCACCGCCACCGCGAGACAGAAGGUACUCGAGCCGCCCGCGCAGCUGGCCGCCCUCCUCGCCGCGCUCCCCCUGCCGCCCGACUGCACCGCCACCGCGAGACAGAAGGUACUGUCUCUCUCACUCUCUCUCUCUCUGUAGCGAGCCGCCCGCGCAGCUGGCCGCCCUCCUCGCCGCGCUCCCGCUGCCGCCAGACUGCACCGCCACCGCGAGACAGAAGGUACUGUCUCUCUCACUCUCUCUCUCUCUGUAGCGAGCCGCCCGCGCAGCUGGCCGCCCUCCUCGCCGCGCUCCCCCUGCCGCCCGACUGCACCGCCACCGCGAGACAGAAGGUACUGUCUCUCUCACUCUCUCUCUCUCUCUGUAGCGAGCCGCCCGCGCAGCUGGCCGCCCUCCUCGCCGCGCUCCCCCUGCCGCCCGACUGCACCGCCACCGCGAGACAGAAGCGAGCCGCCCGCGCAGCUGGCCGCCCUCCUCGCCGCGCUCCCGCUGCCGCCCGACUGCACCGCCACCGCGAGACAGAAGGUACUGUCUCUCUCACUCUCUCUCUCUGUAGCGAGCCGCCCGCGCAGCUGGCCGCCCUCCUCGCCGCGCUCCCCCUGCCGCCCGACUGCACCGCCACCGCGAGACAGAAGGUACUGUCUCUCUCACUCUCUCUCUGUAGCGAGCCGCCCGCGCAGCUGGCCGCCCUCCUCGCCGCGCUCCCCCUGCCGCCCGACUGCACCGCCACCGCGAGACAGAAGGUACUGUCUCUCUCUCUCUCUCUCUGUAGCGAGCCGCCCGCGCAGCUGGCCGCCCUCCUCGCCGCGCUCCCCCUGCCGCCCGACUGCACCGCCACCGCGAGACAGAAGGUACUGUCUCUCUCACUCUCUCUCUCUCUCUGUAGCGAGCCGCCCGCGCAGCUGGCCGCCCUCCUCGCCGCGCUCCCGCUGCCGCCCGACUGCACCGCCACCGCGAGACAGAAGGUACUGUCUCUCUCACUCUCUCUCUGUAGCGAGCCGCCCGCGCAGCUGGCCGCCCUCCUCGCCGCGCUCCCCCUGCCGCCCGACUGCACCGCCACCGCGAGACAGAAGGUACUGUCUCUCUCACUCUCUCUCUCUGUAGCGAGCCGCCCGCGCAGCUGGCCGCCCUCCUCGCCGCGCUGCCCCUGCCGCCAGACUGCACCGCCACCGCGAGACAGAAGGUACUGUCUCUCUCACUCUCUCUCUCUGUAGCGAGCCGCCCGCGCAGCUGGCCGCCCUCCUCGCCGCGCUCCCCCUGCCGCCCGACUGCACCGCCACCGCGAGACAGAAGGUACUGUCUCUCUCACUCUCUCUCUCUGUAGCGAGCCGCCCGCGCAGCUGGCCGCCCUCCUCGCCGCGCUCCCCCUGCCGCCCGACUGCACCGCCACCGCGAGACAGAAGGUACUGUCUCUCUCACUCUCUCUCUCUGUAGCGAGCCGCCCGCGCAGCUGGCCGCCCUCCUCGCCGCGCUCCCCCUGCCGCCCGACUGCACCGCCACCGCGAGACAGAAGGUACUGUCUCUCUCAC